UAGAUUGAAACCCUAUUCGCUCCACAUAAAUUUAUAAAUAAUAGUUAAAUAUCACAAAAUAAUUUGCUAAUACCUAAUGAACUUAAUUUGACAGUUUUAUGUGUAAGUUUAGCAAAUUAAUUUAUAACCUAACUUUUGCAGAAGAUCGCAUUUUCUUAACCCAACAAAAGCGCAGUAAACGUUAUAGUAGGUAAAUACCAUUCAAUGUGAUUUUCCAUUUUAUUGCUUUUGAAGUAUUGCAUAAGUACAUUUUUCUGAAAAAGAUUAAGACAUUUUUUUAUUACGUGUUAUUUAUUUUUUUAUAAAUUACCUAAAAAAUGAGUCAAGCUGAAGAAUGGGAUGAAUGGGAAUCGCCAUCUAAUGUACCAUAUCAACCUCCUCCUCAACGACAGUUUAGGCAAUCAUUUUCUAAACAAUUUGAAAUUAAUUCAAAUGAUUUGCUCAUGGAAAUAGAUUCGCGCUUUGCAGGCAUGGUGAUUGGUAAAGGUGGCGUGAAAAUUAAAAGCUUAAGGAAGGAGAGUAGUGCUUUUAUUUCAGUCAUCGAUAGUGAAAAUUAUGGAUCUAAAGUUGUAAAAAUAUCGGGUAGUGCUGAAGCCAAAGAACUUGCUCAAAAGCUUAUUAAAGAUAUAAUCGCUGAGAAUGAUCCAAACAAGAUUUUACAAAAAUUACAAGAAGAGUCUAAAGCUAGCGAGUCUGUUCAAUCUAUUUCUAAUUUUGAUUGGGAUCAAUUAAUGCUAGAACAAGCAGAAAACCUUAAAAAAAAGUUAGCAGCUUUACCACCAAUUGUUAAGGAUUUCUACAAAGAACAUCCUGAAGUAUCCAUGAUGAGUGAUGAAGAAGUAGAACAUUUUAGAGUGUCCAAGAAUAAUAUUAUGGUUAAAUAUAUUGAUGAAAAUAAUGUAAACCCAAUUCCAAAACCAGUGUUAAAAUUUUCACAUGCAUUUGAAGAUUAUCCAGAUAUAUUAAUAGAAAUGCAAAAACAAAAGUUUGAAACUCCUUCACCAGUACAGUGUCAGGCCUGGCCAAUUAUUAUGAGUGGCCAUGAUUUAAUAGCUAUUGCUCAAACUGGAACGGGUAAAACAUUGGCAUUUUUGCUUCCUGCUUUUAUUCAUAUUGAUUUUCAACCAACUCCUCGUAAUGAACGGAAGGGACCAUCAGUAUUAGUAUUAGCUCCAACUAGAGAAUUAGUUUUACAAAUUGAAAGCGAGGUUAAAAAAUAUAGUUAUAAAGGAAUUAAAGCCAUGAGUAUUUAUGGUGGUGCUAGUUCUGGGAAACAAAAAGAAUGUUUACGAAAUGGAGUUGAAAUUGUAAUUGCUACUCCAGGUCGUCUUAAUGAUUUUGUUGGUAGUGGUGCUAUAGACUUAUCUGAUGUCACAUUUUUGAUACUUGAUGAAGCUGAUCGUAUGUUGGAUUUGGGUUUUGAACCACAGAUUCGUGUUUCAUUACUUAAAGUAAGACCAGAUAGACAAACCAUAAUGACAAGUGCAACCUGGCCUCCUGGAGUUAAACGUCUGGCUAAAAGCUAUACAACUAACCCGAUUCAAGUAAUGGUUGGGUCAUUAGAUUUGACAACAGUCAACACUGUUAAACAAGAUAUUUUAAUAAUGGAAGAAGAAGAAAAAGAAUUAUGGAUUGAAGAUUUUCUAAAGAACUGCAGUGAAGAUGAUAAGGUUAUAAUAUUUGUGAACCGAAAAGUAACAGUUGAUCAACUUUCAUCAGAUUUAAGUAUGAAAGGCUUUACUGUUGAAUCUAUCCAUGGUGGUCGUGAACAAUGUGAUCGUGAAAUGGCUUUAGAAAGUUUACGUAAUGGAGAAGUUUCUAUUUUAAUUGCAACUGAUGUAGCUUCUCGUGGCAUUGAUAUUAAUGAUAUAACAGUUGUAAUAAAUUAUGAUUUUACUAAGGAUAUUGAAGAAUAUGUACACAGAGUCGGUCGAACAGGACGUGCUGGCAAAACUGGUCGAGCUAUUACUUUAAUGACUCGGAGAGAUUGGAGUAAAGCAAAAGAAUUAGUUGAAGUUAUGGAAAAAUCUGGACAAGAUGUACCUCCAGAGUUAAAAGAAAUGGCUAAAAGAUAUGAAGCAAAAAGAGAAAGAGAAAGAGUUGAAGGAGGUGAUAGACCAUUUAGAAGUGGUCGUGGUGGUGGUAGAGGAUUUUCUAGAGGUGAUCAAGGAUUUUCAGGAAAUAGAAGAAAUAACUGGUAAAUUUAUAACAACUAAUUUAUGAAGUUCUUUGAUCUCAUGAAUAAUUAUAUGUUAUUUAUUAUAUCUUUGAAAAUAUUUUAGUAUUAAGUACAUGUUAUUUAAAAAUAAGA